UGGCGACGCCAGCUGGUGACGGGCACGCUGACCCAGGACCAGACCCGCGAGCUGCGGAUCAAGGUCACCGCCAAGAUCGACUGGGGAAACAGGAGCCUGGGCCUGGACCUGGUGCCGCGCGUGCUCGGCUCCAUGCUCGACCCGGACGCCAUCUCGGUGGUGACCCUGCACCAGGUGCACACCCAGAGUCUGGAGACGUCGCAGGGCAUGUCGAUACGGGGCACGCUGCGGAAGAAGGAAUCCAAACAACCAGCUGCACAUAACCUCUACCUGGCGCUCAGAGACUUCGGUUACGUCAUAAGCGAAGAUGCCGAGCUUUACUUUUCCCUGUACGACGCCAAGAAGGCCAAGUUUGUGAGUGAACGAUUUCUAGUCCAAAUAUCGAGAGACGGCACCUCCAGCUUCUUCAACAAGUCGACCAACAACAGCUCGACGGUGUUCACGGACCUGGGCAACGUGGAGCUGUCGCCGCAGCUGUACCUGGUGCUGCACGUGCUGCGCGUGGGCCGCAUGGUGCCGUCCGAGUCGGCCAAGCGGCCGGCCUCGCAGCGCUUCCGCCGGCCGUUCGGCUGCGCCGUGGUCAACGUCAACGACGUGCUGGCCAACCGGCAGCCGGAGGCGGCCGAGCGAGAGCUGACGGUGCGCCUGCAGCAGACGGAGGAGCGCGACUUCUUCCAGCUGCACGAGCUGGUCAUCCGACAGGCCAGCAAGUGCAGCGUCAUCUCCGGCCAGGGCAACUACGGUGUGCUGCUGUCGCUGCGCCUGCUGCACGGCAGCCUGGCGCAGCUGCGCCGCGACAUGCCGCUCCUGCUCAAGCACGCCGUCGUCACGCGCAAGCUCGGCUUCCCUGACGUCAUCAUGCCGGGCGACGUCAGGAAUGACCUCUACCUGACCUUGGAGCGGGGCGAGUUCGAGCGCGGCGGCAAGUCCACUGGCAAAAACAUCGAGGUGUGCGUCAUGGUGGUGCGAGACGAAGGCCGCGUUCUGGAGGACUGUAUCGUGUCGGCGGGCGGCCAGAGCGGCUGUCGCUACUACAACUCCAUCAUCUUGUACCACAACAACGCGCCGCGCUGGGGCGACACCAUCAAGCUGGCCGUGCCUAUCGACUCGUUCAAUGGCUCGCACCUGCGUCUGGAGUUCAGCCAUUGCUCCACCAAGGAGCGGGGCGAGAAGAAGAUGUUCGGGUUCGCUUUCUCCCGACUGAUGGACGAGGAGGGCGCGACCGUGGCCGAUGGGUCGCACGAGCUCUGCGUCUACAAAUGCGAAGACAGACACAAGCUGCUGAACCCGGCCUCGUACCUCGGCCUGCCCUGGCACUCCGGCAUGGUGCAGGGCGCGGUGGGCGGUAACCAGCACUUCGGCCGCACCGGCCGUGAGGCCGUCUGGGUGCACACGCUGCUCUGCUCCACCAAGCUGACGCAGAACAUCGGCCUGCUGUCAUUACUGAAGUGGAAGCAAAACCCGGAUCGCAUUGUGGAGACGCUGACGCGCAUGAUGAAGCUGAAGGGAGAAGAAAUCGUGAAGUUUCUGCAGGACGUGCUGGACGCUCUGUUCUCAAUGUUUUCUACCGAGGACGGCAACUCUACGCAGCAUUCUGGCCUCGUGUUCCAAGUCCUGGUGAGCAUCUUCAGCCACCUGCAGGACAGCAAGUUCGAGCACUUCCGCCCCGUGGUGGACGCCUAUGUGAACGGUCACUUCGCCGCCGCCCUGGUGUACAAGGGUCUGAUCAGCUGCGUGCGUCACUACGCAGAACAGGUGUCCGUGGCCGAGAAGCAGGAGCCGCUGGUCAAGUGUUUCCGCAGCCUCGAGUUCAUCUUCCGCUUCGUCAUCCAGUCACGCGUGCUGUUCGCGCAGCAGAGCGGCGGCCAGAACGAAGAGAGCUUCAAGAUGGACCUGUACAGUCUGUUCAACGCCUUCAACAAGAUGCUGUCCACCACGUCAGAGUCGGCGUUGACCACGCAAGUGGCCAUGCUGAACUCGGUGCCGGCCGUGUUCGAGCAGCUGCGUGCGGUGCUGCCGGACAUCGAGAUCGCGCGCCGGCUGUCGCUGAUGCUGGAGUCGCUGCCGCACGACCCGCCGUCGGCCGUCGUGCAGGCCAAGCUGCAGGCCAUGCGCGCCGUGGCCGCCUCCCGCCUCUUCCAGGACCAGGAGUCGCGCCGGCUGCUGCUGCAGACGGCCUGCAAACACCUGCGCCAUCACAUCAGUCACCGGCAGGAGCUGCGGCUGGCGCUGGACCUUGCUCGGCGAGCUGCUUACCACCCUGCAGACGCUACAGGCCGACGACCCCUCUGCCGACCUCUACCGCGAGGUGGAGAUCGUGUCGGUGUACCAGCUGGACACGAUGACGCGGUCGGUGCUGGCGCUGGAGUCGGCGCCGCUGGCGGUCGGCGGCGGCCAGCGCGGCCGGCUGGUGGCGGCGCUGCCACGCUGUUGCGGCUGAUGACCCCGCAGCACUACGGCCACCUGUGGGAUGAGGUCGGCGACCCGACCCAACUCACACACUUCCUACUGCGGCUCAUGGCCGUGUUCCGCGAGCUCGUCACCGAACAGAUGUUUCCACAGGACUGGUGUACGCUCCACAUGACCAUCAACAAGGUGAUCCUGAACACUUUGACGGAGCUGGCUGUUCCGCUGCGGGACAGAUUCCUGGACGGCAAACACUUCAGUCAGCAGCUCUGGCUCAGCUACUUGACGCUGUCGGUGACGUUCCUGACGCAGCCCAGCCUGCAGCUGGAGAGCUUCUCCGAGGUGAAGCGCGAGAAGCUGCUACAGAAGUACCAGGACAUGCGGGUGCAGAUGGGCUUCCAGCUGCUCUCCAUGUGGACACUGCUCGGCGAGCACAAGGGACACUUUGUGCCGGCGCUGGUGGGGCCGAUGCUGGAGGUGACACUCGUGCCCGAGGCCGAGCUGCGGCGCGCCACGCUGCCCGUCUUCUUCGACAUGAUGGCCGCAGAACAGGCGGCCAAGGGCUGCUUCAAACAGGUGGAGACGGAGCUGAUCGACAAGCUGGACAUUCUGGUCAGCGAGAACAAGGGCGACGACGAGUACCGGCAGCUGUUCGACACCAUUCUGAUGGCCAAGGUGAACGGCAGCGGCGUGGCGUGGCGCGAGGCCGGCGUCAGCUUCGUCAGCUCAGUGACGCGUCUGCUGGAGCGGCUGCUCGACUACCGCCAGGUCAUGGACGGAGAGGAGAACCGCGACAAGCGCAUGAGCUGCAUCGUCAAUCUUCUGAACUUCUACAAGAACGAGAUCAACCGCGUGGAGAUGUACCAGCGCUACAUCUACAAGCUGCACGACCUGCACGUGUCGGCCGAGAACUACGUGGAGGCGGCGCUGACGCUGCGCCUGCACGCCGACCAGCUGGAGUGGACGACUCGCGUGCUACACGCUGACCUGCGCUACCCGGCCCAGUGCGAAUGGCAGCGCAAGGAACAGCUGCUCAACCAAAUGGUCGACUACCUGGACCGCGGCAAGUGCUGGGAGGCCGGCAUCCCGCUGCUGAAGGAGCUGGCCGAGAAGCACGAGACCAAGAUCUACGACUACAGCAAGCUGAGCGAGGUGCUGCGCACGAUGGCGCGCUUCUACGACCAGAUCAUGACGCAGCUGCGGCCCGAGCCCGAGUACUUCAGGGUCGGCUUCUACGGCCAGGCCUUCCCGCUCUUCGUCAGGAACAAGGUGUUCGUGUACCGCGGCCUGGAGUACGAGCGGAUCGGCGCCUUCACCCAGCGGCUGCAGACCGAGUUCCCCGCCGGCCAGAUGAUGACGACGCUGGCGCCACCUGACGAGAAUCUCAUGAACGCCGACGUGCAGUGCAUUCAGAUCUGCAACGUCCGUCCCGUCUCGCGCGACGUGUCGGGACUGCAGGGCAUCGAGGUGCCCGAGAAGAUCCGCGCCUACUUCCUCGUCAACGACAUCGACACGUUCCGCUUCGACCGACCCGUGCACCGCGGCACGGUCGACAAGGAGAACGAGUUCAAGACGCUGUGGCUGGAGCGGACCACUCUGCAGAUCGAGGCGCCGCUGCCGGGCAUCCUGCGCUGGUUCCCGGUCACCAGCAGUCGGCGCGAGAUGGUGUCGCCAAUCCAGCACGGCUGCGAGACGGUGCGCGCCGCCAACCGGCAGCUGCGCCAGCUGGUGGCCCAGUACACGACCUCCGGCGCCGGCACCAACGUCAGUCCGCUCAGCAUGCGGCUGCAGGGUAUGAUCGACGCGGCGGUGAACGGCGGCAUCGCCAACUUCCAGGAGGCGUUCUUCACGGCCGAGUUCGCGACGCAGCCUCCCGAGCUGACUGUCUACGUGCCGCAGCUGAAGGCGCUCAUCCAGGAGGAGCUAUCGAUCCUGGAGCACGGUCUGAAGGUGCACGGCGAGCUGGCUCCGCCGAGCGUGCAGCCGCUGCACCGGCGGCUGCGCGAGUGUUUCCAGCAGCUGCGGCAGAGCGCGGCCGCCUCCUGUCUGCCGGCGAGCGCCGACUCGCCCGGCCCGGCCCGGCUCAGCCGCCAGAACAGCCACCGGCGCAGUGGCGGCGCCGACAAACCCAGCAUCAUCAGCACGCCGCUACCGCCGCUGCCAUGCGAGAAGCGUCCUCAGAGCUCGUGCCCGAGCAACCGCUCGUCCUCGUCCUCGUCGUCCGUAUACGGCCAGCUGGUGGUGGACGAGGAGGACGGCAUCUACUCGCGCCCGUCCGAGUGGGCGGAGCUGGGCGAGCGCGGCGAGCGUGGCUCGCUGGGCUCGCAGGGCAGCGCCGCCGGCCGACGUCAUCAUGACUACAUCAUCAUGUCCUGUGGCAAGGGUGAGAGCGAGGUGCCGGAGCGGCCGCCGAAGCGCCUCUCGGACGCCCGCUCCUGGACGGAGAGCCCGCGGCUCGGGGGCCGCAGGUCGCAGGCCAGUGACGCAGACCCGGACGCGCCGCCGCUGCCGCCCAAACCCCCGGAGAAGCGGCACACCAGCUCCAGUUCCGUCUCUUCCGUCACUUGCAAUGGCGUGUACGAGUUCCCGCCGUCCCUGCCUAGCCGCAUGUCCAAGAAGAUGUCGUCGCCGGCGCUGGGUCACUGGGCUUCGGCGGAGCGCGGCGCGACGCGCACGCCCUCGCCGGCCACGCUCUCGCUGCCGAGCGACCGCGGCAGCCUGCCCGACUGCGACAGCCCGCCCAACUUCGAGCCGCCGCCGCCGCCGACGCAGGGCGCUGUCACGCGUGUGGAGCUCAACGGUGACGACGACAUGGACACAUACAAGGUGCUGGACUCGGCCGAGCUGCGUGGCUACCGUGAGGAGGCCAACUACAAGUUCUUCGUGUCGCCGGGUCGCAUCUGCACCGAUAUAGUCGGGUAUGAUCGACGCGCGGUGAACGGCGGCAUCGCCAACUUCCAGGAGGCGUUCUUCACGGCCGAGUUCGCGACGCAGCCUCCCGAGCUGACUGUCUACGUGCCGCAGCUGAAGGCGCUCAUCCAGGAGGAGCUAUCGAUCCUGGAGCACGGUCUGAAGGUGCACGGCGAGCUGGCUCCGCCGAGCGUGCAGCCGCUGCACCGGCGGCUGCGCGAGUGUUUCCAGCAGCUGCGGCAGAGCGCGGCCGCCUCCUGUCUGCCGGCGAGCGCCGACUCGCCCGGCCCGGCCCGGCUCAGCCGCCAGAACAGCCACCGGCGCAGUGGCGGCGCCGACAAACCGAGCAUCAUCAGGUCAGCCGGCGCCCCGCGCGGCCCCCUGGUGGUGGACGAGGAGGACGGCAUCUACUCGCGCCCGUCCGAGUGGGCGGAGCUGGGCGAGCGCGGCGAGCGUGGCUCGCUGGGCUCGCAGGGCAGCGCCGCCGGCCGACGUCAUCAUGACUACAUCAUCAUGUCCUGUGGCAAGGGUGAGAGCGAGGUGCCGGAGCGGCCGCCGAAGCGCCUCUCGGACGCCCGCUCCUGGACGGAGAGCCCGCGGCUCGGGGGCCGCAGGUCGCAGGCCAGUGACGCAGACCCGGACGCGCCGCCGCUGCCGCCCAAACCCCCGGAGAAGCGGCACACCAGCUCCAGUUCCGUCUCUUCCGUCACUUGCAAUGGCGUGUACGAGUUCCCGCCGUCCCUGCCUAGCCGCAUGUCCAAGAAGACGCGCACGCCCUCGCCGGCCACGCUCUCGCUGCCGAGCGACCGCGGCAGCCUGCCCGACUGCGACAGCCCGCCCAACUUCGAGCCGCCGCCGCCGCCGACGCAGGGCGCUGUCACGCGUGUGGAGCUCAACGGUGACGACGACAUGGACACAUACAAGGUGCUGGACUCGGCCGAGCUGCGUGGCUACCGCGAGGAGGCCAACUACAAGUUCUUCGUGUCGCCGGGUCGCAUCUGCACCGAUAUAGUCGGCCUCGGCGAGAAGAGGCCCGAGUCGUGA